AUGAGCUCCCCACCUCAGGUCUACCUGCUUCCGCUGAAGGAUGAUGGAUCUCCAGAUGUGCCCGGCGGGUAUAUCUACCUUCCCCCUCCACCAAAGGAUGGAUACGUGCUCCGUUUCAUUAUCGAGGGCACAAGCUCGAUCUGUCGACAGGGCAGUCUCUGGGUGAACAUUCCUGAGGAGGGCAAGCCAUUCGAGCGCUAUUCGUUCCGGGAGUUUGGAUUGCAACCCAAUUUCAAUGAGAACAUCCAGAUCGAUAUUCCUGUGGCCUUUGCUGGAGCUUUCGCGUUCUACACAACAUUCACUCCGCUACCAGAAUUCUCUGUGGAGGAUGUGCCUUCUCCAGAGCCGACCCAGACGCCCGUGCAUUACAUUGAUGUGUCGCCCAAACUCACACUUCAAGGAAAGGAUUUACCGCUUAACGCGCUGUCUAUCUUCUCAGUAAUUUCAAAGUUUAUGGGCAAAUAUCCUACAGACUGGGAUAGGCACCUUCGUGGCAUUGGUCAACGGAACUAUAACAUGGUUCAUUUCACGCCUCUGAUGGAGCGCGGAUCCUCGAACUCCCCGUACAGCAUUUUCGAUCAGUUGGCCUUUGACAGCGCUUUCUUCCCCAAUGGUGAGAAUGAUGUCGCUGCAUUAGUCGCGAAGAUGGAGAAGGAUUAUGGCCUUCUCACUCUGACUGAUGUGGUAUGGAACCACACAGCCAAUAACAGCAAGUGGCUAGAGGAGCAUCCAGAGUCUGGAUACAGUGUGGAGACUGCACCAUGGUUGGAAGCAGCCCUCGAGUUGGACACUGCGCUGUUGAAAUUCGGAGAAAACCUCCAGGAACUUGGCCUUCCGACGGACUUUAAGUCCGCGGACGAUCUUGUGACAGUAAUGAAUGCUGCACGCAAGCAAGUCAUUGAUGGUAUCCGCUUGUGGGAGUUCUACGUGCUCGAUGUAAAGAAUGAUACCAAGCGUGUUCUGGACGAAUGGAAGCGCGCAAAAGUUGACCAUGCACUCGUUGAACGCCAUGAUAUGCAGCAGUUUAAGGGCUGGUCGCUCAAGCAGCAAGCCAACGUUACGCGUGAAUGUGGUAUUCCUGAUGUCAAGCAAGUCCUUGGGCGCUUUGGUCGUUCCAUUGACCCCACAUUUGGCGCUGUCGCCUUGACUGUACUUUUCGGAGAUUACGAUGAGGCAAGCACCAACUUUGCUGAGGUAGAAGACACCUUGUCCAAGCUUCUCGAUGAAGCCAACCUGCCUUUCUACAGAGAAUAUGAUGGAGAUGUCGCUGAGAUCAUGGACCAGCUGUUCAAUCGUAUCAAAUAUCUCAGAAUCGAGGAGCAUGGUCCCAGGAUGGGCCCUGUUACCAAGGAGAACCCUCUGAUCGAGACAUACUUUACUCGUCUUCCUGUUAAUGAAGUCACGAAAAAGCACAAUUCUAAGGCCCUUGCCCUUGUCAACAACGGUUGGAUUUGGAAUGCCGACGCAAUGCGAGACAAUGCUGGCCCCGACUCCAGGGCAUAUCUGCGCCGCGAAGUGAUUGUAUGGGGCGACUGUGUGAAGCUCCGCUAUGGAUCCUCUCCUGAAGACAGCCCUUUCCUUUGGGACUUCAUGACCCGAUACACCCGCCUUAUGGCCAAGUACUUCUCUGGCUUCCGGAUUGACAACUGUCAUUCGACCCCCCUCGCAGUUGCAGAAUAUCUCCUUGAUGAAGCACGCAAAGUCCGGCCCGAUCUCACUGUCUUUGCAGAGCUCUUCACGGGCUCAGAGGAUGCUGACUACGUCUUUGUCAAGCGACUGGGUAUCAAUGCUUUGAUUCGGGAGGCUAUGCAGGCUUGGAGCACUGAAGAGCUGAGUCGUCUCGUUCACCGUCACGGUGGUCGACCAAUCGGCAGCUUUGAGGUCGACCUACCUUCAGCUGGCAGUAGCCACGCAAUUGCUUCCGCAAAGUCUAGCAAAUCGGAUGAAAAGAUCACCCGUAUUCGUCCAUGCCCAGUUCCUGCCUUGUUCAUGGACUGUACCCAUGACAAUGAAGUGCCUGCGCAGAAGCGUGAUGCUAGAGACACUCUGCCAAACGCCGCGUUGGUCGCAAUGUGCGCGUCUGCCACAGGAAGUGUGAUGGGGUACGACGAGAUUUACCCUAAAUUAAUUGAUCUUGUUCACGAAACUAGACAAUACGCAUCGCAGUCCUCCGACGCUGAGAGCGUACCAACUGGGUCUGGAGAAGGUGGAAUCGGUGGAGUCAAGAAGCUCUUGAAUGAACUCCACACUAUGAUGGGAGUUGAAGGCUAUGAUGAAACCCAUAUUCACCAUGACGGUGAAUACAUUACGGUCCACAGAGUUCACCCUAAAACCAGGAAGGGUAUCUUCUUGAUCGCUCAUACUGCCUUCCCAGGCAAUGAAAGUGGCGCAGUCCUGCCCCCAACUCAUAUCACUGGCACCAUUGCCAAGUUCAUUGGAUCCUGGCAACUUGAGGUUGACGCUGGGGAUGAAGCAAAAGCAAAGGUCCUAGCCGAUGACAACUUCUUGGCAGGCCUUCCCAGCCGUACACGCGAUAUUGAAAGCACUAAAAUCGAACAAAAAGACAAGGACGUGACUAUCUCUGUCCUCGACACCCUCGUUCCCGGUUCUAUUGCUCUAUUUGAGACCUGGGUUCUCGGUGCUGAUCACGCAGAUGGAUUCGAGAACAACCUCACCAACGGCGCAGAUGAAGCAUUCUCUGAACUCAGCUUGGUUGAUUUGAACUUUGCGCUGUAUCGCUGCGACGCUGAAGAGAGAGACUUGAGCGGCGGCCAAGACGGCGUAUACAGCAUCCCUAAACAUGGAGCUCUGGUCUAUGCUGGUCUCCAAGGUUGGUGGAGUGUUCUCGAAGACAUCAUCAAAUACAACCAGCUCGGACAUCCACUCUGCGAUCACUUGCGACAGGGCCAGUGGGCUUCCGAUUACAUCAUUGGACGCCUUGAAAAGGCAGCUUCCAAGGAAGGUUACAAUGCCCUACAAAAGCCCGCUUCAUGGCUGCACGAAAAGUUUGAUGCUGUUCGCGAUCUGCCAAACUUCCUUUUCCCGAGGUACUUUGCGAUCAUUGUUCAGGCCGCUUACAAUGCUGCUUGGAAGCGUGGUAUUCAUUUGCUUGGCGAUAAUGUGCGCCAUGGUCAGGAGUUCAUUCACCAAUUGGCAAUGGUCAGCGUCCAGCAGACCGGCUACGUCAAGUCUGCAUCGCUGUGGCCCACCAAACAAGUACCUAGUCUUGCCGCUGGCUUGCCUCACUUUGCGGUUGAUUGGGCGAGAUGUUGGGGUCGCGAUAUUUUUAUCUCUAUCCGUGGCCUUUUCCUUGUCACUGGUCGCUUUGACGAUGCUAAGCAGCAUAUCAUUGCUUUUGCCAGUGUUCUUAAGCAUGGCAUGAUCCCCAACCUGCUUAGCAGUGGCAAGCUACCACGGUACAACUCCCGUGACUCGGUUUGGUUCUUCUUGCAGACGAUUCAGGAUUUCACUGAAAUGGCACCCAACGGAAUGGACAUCUUGCAUGAGAAGGUACCAAGGCGUUUCUUGCCUUACGAUGACACAUGGUUCCCAUUCGACGACCCUCGGGCGUACUCGCAGUCUCCGACCAUAAUCGAGGUCAUUCAGGAGGUAUUCCAAAGACAUGCCAACGGCAUGUCAUUCAGAGAGUACAACGCUGGUCCGGACCUUGACGUUCAAAUGAAGCCUGAGGGUUUCCAGAUUGAGGUCAAGGUUGACUGGGAGACUGGUAUCAUAUUUGGUGGCAGCCAAGACAACUGUGGUACCUGGCAAGACAAGAUGGGUGAAAGUUCCAAGGCCGGGAACAAGGGUGUCCCUGGUACACCCCGUGACGGCGCUGCUAUCGAGAUCACUGGUCUCGCCUACAGCGCCCUAGCGUGGGUGGCGCGUCUUCACGAAUCCAAGGCCUACCCCCACGAAGGCGUAGAGAUUGCCGAUGGCAAGAAGAUCACAUUUACUGAAUGGGCCCGCAAAAUCAAAGACAACUUUGAGCGAUGCUACUUUGUUCCCGUCGACCCUAGUGAGGACAGCCAAUACGACGUGGACCCUAACAUCAUCAACCGCCGUGGUAUCUACAAAGACCUAUACAAGUCCGGCAAGCCAUACGAGGACUACCAACUUCGUUCCAACUUCCCCAUCGCGAUGUCUGUCGCACCGGAUCUCUUCACGCCUGCCAAAGCUCUCGUUGCUCUGUCCAUUGCCGACUCCGCCAUUGUGGGUCCUAUCGGCAUGGCAACUCUGGACCCAUCCGAUCUCAACUAUCGCCCAUACUACAUUAAUUCCGAUGAUUCGGCAGACUUUGCGACGGCAAAGGGUCGCAAUUACCAUCAAGGUCCAGAAUGGGUCUGGCAACGUGGGUAUUAUCUGCGUGCUUUGCUGCAUUUCGAUCUCCUCCGCCGAAAGACGCCCGAGGAACGUACUGAAUGCUUCCAACAAGUCACUCGGCGUCUUGAUGGAUGCAAGAAGGCUAUGCGGGAGAGUCCUUGGCGGGGUCUGACAGAGUUGUCUAACAAGGGUGGAGAACAUUGCGAUGACUCGUCGCCCACUCAAUCCUGGUCUGCUGGGUGUCUGCUUGAUGUCUAUUAUGAUGCAUCAAAGCAUUCGUAG